AGGCUGUUGCUGGAUUUUGCAGGACCCGCAGGCAUAGUGCCGGACCCCCCGCCCAUAGCAGCCUCCUGACCGCUCGCAGGUUUUGGGUUGGGUCACGCGGAUUCCCAAUGCCAAUGCAGGCCUCUAGUGUAAGGGCACUAUAACAGACCAGAAAGGAGGGGCUGCGGACAUAAGCACCGUCCCAUUGACAAACAGUACUUCUCUGGAAGAUCCCACCAGAAGACUUAACACCUUUGCUGGAAUCCACAUCCUUUUCGGACGUUCUGCUGUGGAUCAUCCAAAGAGGAUUUGGAUUCCAGCGAAGGUUGCGCAUGUGUACUGAACAGCAGAAUUACCAUUGAAAUCCAUGGGAGGCUGCUGCAAGGAGGAAUCUGCAUGGAAUAUCAUUGUGGAUUUUCUGCACAUACACUCCAUAGUGUAAACCGGGCCUUAAUGGUUAUAUUCACACACGUUUUCCUUAAUAACUUCAAUAGGAGGAUACUGAUAGACACAGGAGAGCCCGCAAUACCAGAAUAUAUCAACAACCUGAAGCAAGUUCUGAAUGAAUCCCAAACUACAAUCCAGGAAAUAAUCGUCACCCAUUGGCACCAUGACCACUCGGGGGGCAUUAGUGAUAUAUGCAGGGAUAUCCCAACUGGCUCAGACUUCGGUAUUAGCAAACUUCCCCGCAACCCACAUAAAGAAGAGGUCAUUGGGGCAGGAGAGCAAAAGUACACAUACCUUAAAGAUGGAGAUGUGAUAACUACGGAGGGAGCAACCUUGAGAGUUCUGUUCACACCUGGACAUACAGAUGAUCACAUGGCUCUGGUUUUAGUGGAAGAAAAUGCCAUCUUCUCUGGGGACUGCAUACUUGGAGAAGGAACCGCUGUGUUUGAGGAGUUGUACGAUUACAUGAAAUCUUUAGAAAAGCUCCUUGAUGUAAAAGCUGACAAAAUUUACCCAGGUCAUGGCCCUGUUGUUGAAGGUGCAAGAGCCAAAAUUCAGGAGUAUAUUUUUCAUAGACAAGCUCGAGAACAGCAAAUUCUUCAAGCUUUGCAAGAGAAUUCUGGAACAUUUUUGACUGCUAUGGAACUUGUUAAAAUUGUAUACAAGGAUACUCCAGAGUAUUUGCAUGCAGCUGCAGAAUUCAACUUAACUCAUCAUUUACACAAACUAAAGAAGGAAGGAAAAAUAAUACAAGAACAGUCACCAAGUAUCAGAUGGAAAAGUCAAUUAUAAGGAAGCAGCAAAGGAGUCUUGACUAAAUCUAUAGAAUGCAUCACUGAAAUGAACUCGCCCGGAAUAUCUCGUAGAUGUUCACAGAACUUUUAAAAGAGAAUGUAAUUUAGUUAAUUGUAUUUACUGAUAGCAGUAUGUGUUGUUAAUUUUCUAAUAAAAAAAAAACUACA